GUUGGCAGGUGCGCGGCGCCCGCGGGAGGAAGUGUUAAUGGGCGGCCGGGUGGGAGCAGCGCGCUUGCUCGCCCACGUCACGCCGGUGCGGGCUCGGCUGACGACCGCGGCGCCUGGGGACGCCGGCGCGCUCCGCUCGCCAGGUGCUCCGCCUGGAAAUGUCUCCAUUAGUUGUCGCCUGCUCCCCGCUGGAGCGCGCGCGCCGAGCCGCCCCGCAGAGCCCUAGCCCGUGGCCGCGGCCGGGAGCAGCCGGGCGCCACCGCAGGAAAGCGAUAUUAGCCACCCGGGUGAGGGAGAAAUAAACACGGCCCGCCGGAGAUCAAUACGGAAUUCAGAAACUGAUUAACGCCGCUCGACUCGCGUUGGCCGAGUGUGUCUCUCGGCUGCCCGCCGCCGACGCUAACCUGUCUGGAUCCUUUGCAAGGAGCGGCUGUUCAUUAUUCCCGGAGCCUCCCACCCGCACCACACGCCGCGCGGACGACGAGGCAGGCUGCGGUCCAGCGCGAGCGCACAACUCGGAUUUCCAUCUCGCCUAGGAACCCGCAGCCCCAGAGCAGCGGCCGCGCCGCGCCCGUGCCCCCGCGCACCACCCUGCUGGUCCCGCCAUGUCCUACCCGCAGUUCGGAUACCCCUAUUCCUCGGCCCCCCAGUUCCUGAUGGCCACCAACUCCCUGAGCACGUGCUGCGAGUCGGGCGGCCGCACGCUGGCCGAGUCCGGGCCCGCCGCCUCGGCCCAGGCGCCCGUCUACUGCCCAGUCUACGAGAGCCGGCUGCUGGCCACCGCGCGCCACGAGCUGAACUCGGCCGCGGCGCUCGGCGUCUAUGGGAGCCCCUACGGCAGUUCGCAGGGCUACGGCAACUACGUGGCCUACGGCUCCGAGGCGUCCGCUUUCUACUCGCUGAACAGCUUCGACUCCAAGGACGGGACAGGGUCUGCGCAUGCGGGCCUCACGUCCGCAGCCGCCUACUACCCUUACGAGCCAGCCCUGGGCCAGUACGCGUACGACAGGUACGGGACCGUGGACAGCGGCACGCGGCGCAAGAACGCCACGCGGGAGACCACCAGCACGCUCAAGGCCUGGCUUCAGGAGCACCGCAAGAACCCGUACCCGACCAAGGGCGAGAAGAUCAUGCUGGCCAUCAUCACCAAGAUGACCCUCACGCAGGUCUCCACCUGGUUCGCCAACGCGCGCCGGCGCCUCAAGAAGGAGAACAAGAUGACGUGGCCGCCGCGGAACAAGUGCGUGGACGAGAAGCGGCCCUUCGCUGAGGGCGAGGAGGAGGAGGGUGGCGAGGACAGCGCGCGGGACUCCCUCAAGAGUGCCAGGAGCGAAGACCCCAGCGGCAAAGAGGAGAAAGAGCUGGAACUCAGUGACCUGGAGGACUUCGACCCGCUGGAGGCUCAGACCCCGGAGUGUGAGCUGAAGGUGCCCUUCCAGCCGCUGGACAGCGGCCUGGAGCACGUCCCUGCCACGCCCGACGGCGCCAGCGCUCAUGGCAAGGAGGCCCCGGACACACUCCAGAUGCCCCUGGUCAGCGGUGCUGCCGCCACCCUCGCCGAGGACCUGGAGAGGGCCCGGAGCUGCCUCCAGAGUGCGGUGGCGGGCCCGGAGCAGCGGCCAGGUGCCGAGAGCGGCCCGCAGGCCUGCGACGCCAAGCUGGGCUUCGCACAGGCAGGGGCGCCCGCAGGCCUGGAAGCGAAGCCCCGCAUUUGGUCCUUGGCCCACACGGCAACCGCCCUGAGCCAGACCGAGUUUCCAUCGUGCAUGCUCAAACGCCCAGGUCCCGCCACCCCCGUAGCCGCGCCCUCGCCUGUGGCCGCGGCACCCUCCGGUGCCCUGGACCGGCACCAGGACUCCCCCGUGACCAGUCUCAGAAACUGGGUAGACGGGGUCUUCCACGACCCCGUCCUUAGGCAUAGCACUUUGAACCAGGCCUGGGCCACCGCAAAGGGCGCCCUCCUGGACCCUGGGCCUCUGGGACGCUCACUGGGGGCGAGCACCAACGUGCUGGCGGCACCCCUGGCGCGCGCCUUCCCUCCCUCCGUGUCGCAUGAAGCCGCGGCCGCAGGCGCAGCCCGGGAGCUUCUCGCCACGCCCAAAGCCAGCGGAAAGUCCUUCUGCGCCUGACGCUAG